CUCUCCUCUUCAAUAAACUGCAACCUUCUUUCUAAAGCAGUCACCAUGUUGUUUAUUCCCAGCUUGGACUGAACCAUGAUGAAGAUUUUUCCUUCAACAACAGCAUGCCAGGCAGACUGUGACACAAAAAUUUAUUAGAAUAUAAAGGAUGAGAACAUAAAUCUGAUGGACUAAUGAAUGGGGAAAGCUCAUCUUGACGUAAGUAUUCUUCACUACCUGAAAGGAUACAACAUAGAUAUCCUUUCUCUAUUCUCUGUCAUUUCAGAAUGAAGGUCACAUAAUACUAAAUUUACAUUACAGAGAAACUAAUUCUAUUUGAAUAUAAGAAAUAAGAAACUUUCUAAUUGAACAGUUUGACAGCAGAAGUGAUGGGCUUCAUGGACUACAUUCAGAGGGUAGAGAACUGUCUAAUGGGGAAUGUAUGCAAAGAAAUUUUGUAUCUGCUCCCUGGAUUGCAACAUUGGGGUUUAUAUAGUUUUCUGUUUUUAAUCCUUAUUUUUGUUGUGCUCCACUCAGAGCUGAGUGCUCUGGUGCGGUAUACAAAUAUAAUAAAUACGAUUUGUUCACUGAACAGCAGGUUGUUAUUACAGUCCAUAAAAUUUGUGAGUUUUUAAAUUUUCCAGAAUUCUUAAAUCCAGAACGAGAAAUGGAGGAAACAAGUCGGAUCAGUCUUUAGGUUUACAAUUAAAAAUCCAUUUGAGAAGCGGUUUGAGGACUGAGUGAAACACAAAACAGCAAUUUGAGAUAUGCAACAAUCCCCCGCCCCGCGCAACAUUUAAUUUUCGAACUCUAUUUCACUCUUAAUUACCACGACGAGAGCCUCAUCGGCCUCAGGUGGCGCUUUUCUAUGAUUACGACCUUACGCCAAGAAAUAACGGGACGGCGGAGGCUUUCGAACGAGCGAUUCUGAAUACAGCAUGGAAAGCGAGUAUUUCACGAAUGAAGGGAUUCCUGCAUUUUUUAACAAACUUACUCCUGAAUCUGUGAAACUCAACAGACAAGCCUUUGUGGUGUGAGAUUUUGUGAUUUAAAACUUCGCUGGCACAGGAAAAUUAUUUUAGCUGCUAUUAAAAAAAAAACUUCAUUAAAAGAGUGAGUGGCAAGACCAGGUUGUUCCAUUUGAAGUACUUUCCACUGCUCAUUUGGUUAGAAACUUAUGAGUUCAAAAGCCAGAGGAAAUUUGACAGAAUGCAACAUCAUAUAACAUCUUUCUUUCAUUUGAUUUUCCUCCUUUCCUGCACUGUGGCAGGACUUCAUCAAGAACAGUAACAGAAGAGAAGCUUCUAAUUUAUGAAGGGUCAUGGGCUUUUGGUCUGCCAGCUUUCAUCUCUCCUACAGACUCAAGCUAUUGAUGCUCAUUACCCUCUGCGUCUUAUUGAUACGCUGGGCUACCUCCACUUACCUGGUGGAUACUUUACAUGAAACUCAAGCAGCAAAGGGCAUGGUUGGAAGUUUUAGGAAGCCAACCAUUAUUAAGGAAGAACAAAAGGAGAAUUCAGAGAUGAAGGCCUUGCUUACUGAGAAACUACCCACAGCAAGCCCCCUCUGUCCCUCUGUGUCUCCCUAUCUGCGAGGCCCCAGCAAGCUCACGUUCAAAACAUCUCUUACUCUGGAAGAACUGCGAAAACAGAAUCCUUUGGUAGCCAAGGGGCGCCAUAGGCCAAAAGAUUGCACGGCUCAGCAACGGGUGGCUAUAUUGAUUCCACACCGCAAUCGAGAGAAGCAUCUGCUGUACCUGUUGGAGAAUCUUCAUCCGUUCUUGCAGAGGCAGCAGCUGGAUUAUGGCCUUUAUGUCAUCCACCAGGCUGGCAAUGCCAAGUUUAACAGAGCAAAACUUCUAAAUGUGGGAUAUCUGGAGGCACUGAAAGAAGAGAACUGGGAUUGUUUUAUUUUCCAUGAUGUGGACUUGGUGCCAGAGAAUGACUUCAACAUUUAUGUAUGUGGCAGUCAGCCAAAGCACUUGGUAGUUGGGAGAAAUAGCACAGGUUACAGGUUGCGUUACCAAGGAUACUUUGGCGGUGUAACUGCUCUGACAAGGGAGCAAUUUCUGAAGGUGAAUGGAUUUUCAAACAACUACUGGGGCUGGGGAGGAGAGGACGAUGACCUCCGGAUCAGGGUUGAAAUGCAGAAAAUGAAGAUAAUCCGACCUUCCCCCAGUAUAGCCAAGUACACUAUGAUUUUUCACACUAGAGACCAAGGCAAUGAGGCAAAUGGCCAGAGAAUGAAUCUCUUGCAUCAGGUGCCUCGAGUAUGGAAGACUGAUGGGCUAAAUUCAUGCUCCUAUAAACUGCUUUCAAAAGAAUACAAUCCUUUAUAUACAAAUAUUACAGUGGAUUUUGGAAGGCAAACUAAGUUUUCAUAACCAUUUCUUAUGCCUAAUAAAUUUUACAUGAAUGGACCAAAAAAAAAGUAAUGACUUGAGCUACAGCAGUGAAAUAUUUCAUUUUCUGUUGGUGGAUACUCAACAAGUUCUUUACGCAGGGGAUGUUUUUAAAACAUAGAUUUGUUAGUUAUUUCCUUUUGAGCUACAAGACAACAUUGAUUAGCUGAAAAUUAAAGACUUUCUUUGAAUAAAAGUAAUCCUUUAUAAAGAAUUCUACUGAACAUUUUUUUGAAACAGAUGUAAGAACAAUUCAACCAUUAACUUUUCAGUGAAGCAAGACUUUUUUUUCAACCCAACUUUUUAAAAUGUCUUUGUUUCUUCCAUUCAGCUGAAGAACUACUCACAAUAUUCUAAACAGGGGUGGUACAUAAUUUCUUUUUCUUAAACAAGGAAAAAAUAAAACUGAAUAGUGUAAAAGCUGUUUAUCUUCUGUUUUCAUAUUUAUCCCAAUAUCUGUUAAAGAAUGUGUGAGAAUUUAUUAUUAAAAGAAAUUGAUUA